GCGCGCGUUCCACCUUGCGGGGCAGCUUCUCCCUCGCCUCUCCUCGAGGAGAGGUCGCGGAGCCUUGCGGGGCCGCGCACCCGGGGUGGACGGAGGGCGCCGAACUUUGACGGGCAAGCAGAGAGAAAACAAACAAGCAAACAAACAAACAAAAGCGAAAAACCCAAAAAAGCUCCCCUGGCCGUCAUGGAAGGGAGCGAGGAUAGAAGACCCGACUAGACGUGGCGGCGGUGGGAUUUUGUUUCCUGCGGUGGCGGACUGAUUUAGCGGCACGUUAACUUCCGGGAGCGUCCCGGCCCUGAGAGGAAAAGCCCUGAAGGAAACAAUAACAAACGAGCGGAGGGAGAGCGGCCGGCGCUCCCGAGAGGACUGGUUCUGGUCCUGAGAAGAUGCGCUGCGGGCCCUGUGAGGGGACGUGAGAGGGCUUGGUGGCCGUCAGCCAAGCCUCUCCCCGCUUGCGCACCUCAGGCUCCCCUCUGGCUUUUUUUAAAAUUUAUUUUUGAUUUUUUUUCCGACCAUGGCGGCCGUGGGCCCGGGGGGCUACGCGGCGGAGUUCGUGCCGCCGCCCGAGUGCCCGGUCUUCGAGCCCAGUUGGGAGGAGUUCACAGACCCGCUGAGUUUCAUCGGCCGCAUCCGGCCCUUGGCGGAGAAAACGGGCAUCUGCAAAAUCCGGCCACCCAAGGAUUGGCAACCUCCAUUUGCCUGUGAAGUAAAAACCUUCCGUUUCACUCCUAGAGUCCAGCGCCUGAAUGAACUUGAGGCAAUGACUAGAGUAAGAUUGGACUUCUUGGAUCAACUGGCAAAAUUUUGGGAACUUCAAGGAUCUACAUUGAAGAUCCCCGUGGUGGAGAGAAAAAUCCUGGAUUUGUAUGCUUUAAGCAAGAUUGUUGCCAGCAAAGGAGGUUUUGAAAUAGUCACCAAAGAGAAGAAAUGGUCUAAAGUGGGUAGCCGCUUGGGAUAUCUGCCAGGAAAAGGAACUGGGUCUCUUUUGAAGUCACACUAUGAAAGAAUUCUCUACCCAUACGAGCUUUUCCAAUCUGGUGUCAGCCUUAUGGGUGUACAAAUGCCUGAUUUAGAUCUUAAAGAAAAAGUUGAGGCUGAGGUUCUCAGCACUGACAUCCAGCCUUCCCCAGAGCGGGGAACAAGAAUGAAUAUUCCACCCAAGAGAACAAGACGAGUUAAAUCUCAGUCAGACUCUGGAGAAGUAAAUAGAAACACAGAACUGAAGAAACUUCAGAUUUUUGGGGCUGGACCCAAAGCUGUAGGCCUGGCAGUAGGAGCAAAAGAUAAAGAAGAUGAAGUCACCCGAAGAAGAAAAGUUACCAACAGGUCAGAUGCAUUUAACAUGCAAAUGAGACAACGGAAAGGAACUCUAUCUGUUAACUUUGUUGAUCUCUAUGUUUGCAUGUUUUGUGGUCGAGGAAAUAAUGAGGAUAAACUGCUUUUGUGUGAUGGUUGCGAUGACAGCUAUCAUACAUUUUGUCUACUUCCACCAUUACCUGAUGUGCCCAAAGGAGACUGGAGGUGUCCUAAAUGUGUUGCUGAGGAAUGUAACAAACCUCGAGAAGCCUUUGGAUUUGAGCAAGCUGUAAGAGAAUAUACACUUCAAAGCUUUGGAGAGAUGGCAGAUAAUUUUAAGUCUGAUUAUUUCAAUAUGCCAGUCCAUAUGGUUCCUACAGAGCUAGUAGAAAAAGAAUUCUGGCGACUAGUAAGUAGCAUUGAAGAAGAUGUUAUUGUAGAGUAUGGAGCUGAUAUCUCUUCAAAAGAUUUUGGAAGUGGAUUUCCUAAAAAGGAUGGUCAGAGAAAGAUGUUGCCAGAAGAAGAGGAAUAUGCACUUUCUGGUUGGAAUUUGAAUAACAUGCCUGUUCUGGAGCAGUCUGUUCUUGCACAUAUUAAUGUGGACAUUUCUGGUAUGAAGGUCCCAUGGCUCUAUGUGGGAAUGUGCUUUUCUUCUUUCUGCUGGCAUAUUGAAGAUCACUGGAGUUACUCCAUUAACUACUUGCAUUGGGGCGAGCCAAAGACAUGGUAUGGUGUACCAUCUCAUGCUGCAGAACAACUGGAGGAGGUGAUGAGGGAGCUGGCCCCUGAGUUAUUUGAAUCACAGCCUGAUCUCCUACAUCAGUUAGUAACCAUCAUGAACCCAAAUGUGCUCAUGGAGCAUGGUGUGCCUGUGUACAGGACUAAUCAGUGUGCUGGAGAGUUUGUGGUGACGUUUCCUCGUGCCUAUCACUCUGGAUUUAACCAGGGAUACAACUUUGCCGAAGCGGUGAACUUCUGUACUGCUGACUGGUUGCCCAUUGGACGUCAGUGUGUAAAUCACUAUCGGCGGCUCAGGCGCCAUUGUGUCUUCUCACAUGAGGAACUCAUUUUCAAGAUGGCAGCAGAUCCAGAAUGCUUAGAUGUGGGGCUGGCUGCCAUGGUAUGCAAAGAGUUGACUCUCAUGACUGAAGAAGAAACACGAUUAAGGGAAUCUGUUGUUCAAAUGGGUGUCGUGAUGUCAGAAGAAGAAGUCUUUGAACUUGUUCCUGAUGAUGAGCGGCAGUGUUCAGCAUGCAGAACUACUUGUUUUCUCUCAGCUCUCACAUGCUCCUGUAAUCCGGAGCGACUUGUAUGUCUAUAUCAUCCAACUGAUUUGUGCUCCUGCCCCAUGCAGAACAAGUGUCUUAGGUACCGCUAUCCGCUAGAAGACCUUCCAUCUCUGCUUUAUGGUGUCAAAGUGAGAGCUCAGUCCUAUGACGCUUGGGUCAAUCGUGUUACAGAGGCAUUGUCGGCUAGCUUCAACCAUAAGAAAGAUUUGAUUGAAUUGAGAGUAAUGCUGGAAGAUGCUGAGGAUAGGAAAUACCCAGAGAAUGAUCUCUUUCGAAAGCUCAGGGACGCGGUGAAAGAAGCUGAGACCUGUGGUUCUGUGGCUCAGCUGCUUCUGAGCAAAAAGCAAAAACACAGGCAGAGCUCAGAUAGUGGGAAGACUCGGACCAAACUGACAGUAGAAGAAUUGAAGGCCUUUGUCCAACAACUUGUUAGUCUUCCGUGUGUCAUCAGUCAAACUCGACAAGUAAAGAAUCUGCUGGAUGAUGUAGAAGAAUUUCAUGAACGUGCCCAGGAGGCCAUGAUGGAUGAAACCCCAGAUUCUUCUAAACUCCAAAUGUUAAUAGACAUGGGCUCUAGUCUCUAUGUGGAGCUACCUGAAUUGCCCCGACUAAAGCAAGAGCUACAGCAGGCUAGAUGGCUGGAUGAAGUAAGACUAACUCUAUCAGAUCCACAACAAGUCACUUUGGAUGUCAUGAAGAAAUUGAUUGACUCUGGCGUAGGCUUGGCACCUCACCAUGCUGUGGAAAAAGCAAUGGCUGAACUACAGGAACUCCUUACAGUCUCUGAAAGAUGGGAAGAGAAGGCUAAGGCCUGCCUGCAAGCAAGACCACGGCACAGUAUGGCAAAUUUAGAAAAUAUUGUGAAUGAAGCCAAGAACAUUCCUGCCUUUCUACCCAAUGUAUUGUCCUUAAAAGAAGCCUUACAAAAGGCUCGUGAAUGGACAGCUAAAGUGGAAGCUAUUCAGAACGGCAACAACUAUGCUUAUUUGGAACAGCUUGAGAGCUUAUCUGCUAAAGGACGCCCUAUCCCUGUGCGUCUUGAUGCCUUGCCUCAAGUGGAAUCACAGGUAGCAGCAGCACGGGCCUGGAGAGAACGGACUGGGCGGACCUUCCUUAAAAAGAAUUCUAGCCAUACAUUGUUACAGGUGCUGAGUCCACGAACUGACAUUGGUGUAUAUGGGAGUGGUAAAAACAGGAGGAAAAAAGUAAAAGAAAUAAUAGAAAAAGAAAAGGAGAAGGACCUUGACCUUGAGCCUUUGAGUGACUUAGAAGAAGGACUGGAGGAGUCAAGAGAUACAGCCAUGGUGGUGGCAGUUUUUAAAGAACGAGAGCAAAAGGAGAUUGAAGCCAUGCAUUCCCUCAGAGCAGCCAACCUAGCCAAGAUGACAAUUGUGGACCGCAUAGAAGAAGUGAAAUUUUGUAUUUGCCGCAAGACAGCCAGUGGGUUUAUGCUACAGUGUGAGCUCUGCAAAGACUGGUUCCAUAACAGCUGUGUUCCCCUUCCUAAAUCAAGUUCCCAGAAAAAGGGAUCCAGCUGGCAAGCUAAAGACGUAAAAUUCCUUUGCCCUCUUUGCAUGAGAUCUCGGAGGCCAAGGCUAGAGACUAUUCUGUCACUCCUGGUAUCCCUUCAGAAGUUGCCUGUACGGUUGCCUGAAGGAGAAGCACUGCAGUGUUUGACAGAACGUGCCAUGAGUUGGCAAGAUAAAGCACGUCAAGCUUUAGCCACAGACGAACUGUCCUCUGCCCUGGCCAAACUCUCUGUGUUAAGCCAGCGUAUGGUGGAACAAGCAGCUAGGGAAAAAACCGAAAAGAUCAUCAGUGCAGAACUCCAAAAAGCAGCUGCCAAUCCAGAUUUACAGGGACACCUACCUAGUUUCCAGCAGUCUGCUUUUAACCGGGCAGUGAGCAGUGUAUCAUCUUCCCCCCACCAAACAAUGGACUAUGAUGAUGAGGAAACAGAUUCUGAUGAAGAUAUUCGGGAGACAUAUGGCUAUGACAUAAAGGAUACAGCCAGCGUGAAGUCCUCUAGUAGUCUGGAACCCAAUCUCUUUUGUGAUGAAGAGAUUCCCAUCAAGUCUGAGGAAGUGGUGACUCACAUGUGGACGGCACCUUCAUUCUGUGCAGAGCAUGCUUAUUCUUCUGCUUCUAAGAGUUGUUCUCAAGGUUCUAGCACUCCAAGAAAGCAGCCUCGGAAGAGCCCUUUGGUUCCCAGAAGUUUGGAGCCUCCAGUAUUGGAAUUGUCUCCUGGAGCAAAAGCCCAGUUGGAAGAACUCAUGAUGGUUGGAGACCUCCUAGAAGUGUCUCUGGAUGAGACACAACACAUUUGGCGGAUUUUGCAGGCCACACAUCCACCCUCAGAGGACAGAUUCUUACAUAUCAUGGAGGAUGAUAGCAUAGAAGAGAAACCAUUAAAAAUGAAAGGAAAGGAUUCUUCAGAGAAGAAACGGAAACGGAAGCUAGAAAAGGUAGAACAGUUUUUUGGAGAAGGAAAACAGAAGACCAAGGAGCUAAAGAAAAUAGAUAAACCUAAAAAGAAGAAAUUAAAAUUAAAUGUGGACAAAUCAAAAGAGCUGAAUAAAUUGGCCAAGAAGUUAGCAAAAGAAGAAGAACGAAAGAAAAAGAAAGAAAAGGCUGCUGCUGCCAAAGUGGAGCUUGUGAAAGAGAGCAUGGAGAAGAAACGAGAGAGGAAGGUGCUGGAUAUCCCCUCAAAGUAUGACUGGUCGGGGGCAGAGGAGUCUGACGAUGAAAAUGCUGUGUGUGCAGCCCAAAACUGCCAAAGGCCGUGUAAGGACAAGGUAGACUGGGUACAGUGUGAUGGUGGCUGUGAUGAGUGGUUUCAUCAAGUUUGUGUUGGUGUAUCUGCAGAAAUGGCUGAAAAUGAAGAUUACAUCUGUAUAAACUGUGCAAAGAAGCAGGGGCCAGAUAGCCCAGGCCAAGCACCACCUCCUCCCUUCCUAAUGAGCUACAAACUACCAAUGGAGGAUCUUAAAGAGACCAGUUAGCAGAUGUCUGGUUAGCUUGCAACAUGGGGGGAAGUGGACCACAUUGAGACCUUGCUCAUCAAGCAGAGUGGUUCCGACCACUCAGAAUGUUGUUUCCAAAGAUGAAUGGACUUCAGAAAAAGUCCUCUUAUUGCUGGCUUCCUCUCUGCAUGGAUUGUGUGGGCUCCAUUCUCUUAUCAUCUGUGCAGAGGAUGUCUUCUUUGGUGCAGCAGCCAAGUAUUUCAACUCUUGACUCCUUUGAGUGUGGUUUGCUGAAUUAAGGUCAGGUUCUAAUGGAACUCUCAGGAGGCUGUUUGGCAUUAACACAUUGAUGUGCUUAGUGGGGCAUAUAAGAAGUGGCUUUCAACCAACUUGUUGUAGAUGGUUACAACCUACAGGUGGUGCCAUGGGAAGGCCCUGACUGUUUGAAUAUCCUUAGGAUAAGUGAACAGGAGUCAGAGCACAACUUUGUAAUUACUGACAUUUAUGCCCUACUGAUCCAGUUAAGAGAAGCAGGUCAGAGUUAUCCCUUCUAGAAGUCUUAGAGUGGCAGUGCAGUCUAUGACCUCAGCUGCUUGUGCUUAUUUAGACCAAUAAGAAAAUCCUCCAAAAGAUCCCCUCACUUUCCUCAGGAGGAUGUCAGCAGGUUAGAACAUCUGACUAGACUGGAUUCUGGGAAGAAGGGGUUUUUUUGUUUUGUUUGGUUUGGUUUUUCUUACUUCAAGACAAGUAGGCCAUUAGUUUGAGAAGUCCGUGUGGGUCUGUGUUUUAGAGAAGGAAGGUAGGUUCACGGAUCCAGGUUUCUGGAGGGAGUAGGGAUGACUAAUGAGAAUGUUUUACUGAGCCUCGGUGAUGCAUGCUUAUCUGGGAAACCCUCAUUCACAAGUAUUCCAGACUCCACCAUGCUUCACGCAUGGCCAUGAGCAAGACUGGCAGAUAACAGCUUUUGCCUUGCAGCCCUAACCCCAAUGCCUGUAGUUUCCAACAUGGCCCCAGCAGAUGUUGAUGAAUAACACCAUGGCUUCAUCAGAGGAUGUGGGGCUGUAGGUCCUCUGGGUGUGAAGCUGUUCUAGUAAAUCCGUUUUUAAAAAGAAAGACUUGUUUUUACUUUUUUCUAAAUGUCUCUGACUACUGACUGUUCUAUAGAUUAUUUUUCCUUUUUUGAUAUACAUAUAUGAAUACAGAUAUAUAUAGAUAUAUAUAUAUUUACUGUUACCAGCAGCGUAUGAUAGUUUGAGCAUUUGGGAGCUUGCAUUUUCUUUCUGCUUUUUGAUAAAGAAAUCCCAUUCCUUCCUUGUAGUACAAGGAGUUAGCACUUCCUUCGUCAUUCUCACCUAAACAGAUCUUCCACUUUUCUUCUAUUCAAAUAGAUAAUAUAUUUCCUCCAUGUUGGGACUUGUCCCUGUCUGUUGGGCAGCUUGGUCUUAUUCUAGUCAGUGCUGAAUGUUUUGUAUGUCUGAAACUAUGGUGCUGUGCCCCCUCCCUGCCCCCAUUGGGUUCUGUGUUCUUACAAAGGUCUUAAGUGGACUCUGUAAACUCCUGCUAGAAGGAGAAUAAUAUAUUUUAAAGGACAAAAAGGUUUUCUAAAAUAGUGUUUAUCUUCACUAUCCUUUGUUCUUUAUUUUGGUUUAAGAAUCUGCAAUUUAACUUAAACUCAUCACCUGUCCUGUUAAAGGGGGCAUUGAGCAAACCUAGGAAGUUUGUAGUCUCUGUUCCCCUUUGCCCCAGUCUCUUAAAGAAAUGUCUUCUAGUAACUAGAAGAGAGAUGUACUGUCCAGUUACAGACUGUGUGGGUAUGAGGGUUACCUCAAAAGGCAUCUUAGGAAAAGAAAAGGUUUUCUUACAAAACCCCUUAUCCCAAGUGCUAACCAGGCUUGUCCCUGCUUAGCUUCCAAGGUCAGAGGAGACAUACACGUGCAGGUGGUACGGCUAUAGGUACAACAUCCAGUUUCUGAAAAUACUUUCUCUGGUUUAUACUACCUACUUUUUUGGUCUCUUCACUUAAUGUUAAGUAACAUAUCCUGGCCAGUUAUGUUGUUUGAAUGUGUUGCUGUGCUUGUAUCUUGAAUUUCCAUCUCAAUGUGAGUGUGAGCUAAGAUUUCAGUAAUGGUUACAAGAUUAAUUAAGUAAUAGUUAAUUUCACACAUUUUCAUUUUGCCAAACAUGAAGAUUAUCACGUAAGAAUUUUAUUUGGUUAUUGUUAUAAUGAAAAAAAAGCACAAUAUUUCUUAACUUUUAGUCUUUGUAAAAGACUUGAGAUACUUGUGGUUUAAAAUUGAGUGUACGCCAACCCUUCAGAAAUUUACAAUGUAAGUGAUAGAAUCCCAGAAUAUAUUUUACAAUUUUGAUUUUCCUUCCAGUUAACUACUUUCCAUUAACUGUGUUAUCAAUAGUAAGGAGUCAUGAGGAUACUGAAAGGUGACUGUUUUGAGUAAUAAUUUGUGUUCUUUGUACAGUGUUCGUCUGUUGGAGACCUCAGAAAUAGGCAGUCUGUACCUGUGAAUAGCUGCCUGUCAUCUUCUGAUGUUUUGAAACUUUUAAAUAUAUAAUUUAAUUGA